AUGAAGAGGUUGUUGGUUCUUCUGCUGAUCCUCCUGAAGGAAACUGAUCCGGUCGCAGCCCGAAGCUGCGGUAACAUCUGUUCAUGGUCAUUAUGUGCAUGGAACUGUUUCAGUUGUGCAUGUUGUGACUGCAGCAGGAGAGGCCUCACCAGUGUUCCUCAGGACCUGAUGACAAACAUCACUCACCUGUACCUGAGUCACAACUCCAUCACAACCUUAAGUCAGUCAGACUUCUCCAGGUACAGCAGCCUGGCAGAGUUACACCUUGAUCACAACCAGAUCUCCGUAAUCAACAGCGGAGCGUUCUACAUCAUGUCCACGGUAACCUACCUGACCCUUAACAAUAACCAGUUAACCAGUCUCCGAUCUGGCAUGUUUGUGGGACUUGAGAGCCUGUGGUUCUUGACCCUUAGCAAUAACCACAUCAACAGCAUAUCAGCUGGGGCAUUGGAAAAUUUGCGAGCGCUCCAAUACAUAGGCCUAUCUCACAACAACAUCAGCACUAUCCCCGUUGAGGCCCUAUCGACUGCAAAUACGUCGCAUGCAAUGUCAACGCUUUUACUGAACAACAACCAAAUGGAGACCCUCCCGUCCGCCGCAUAUGACCUCCUGUCCUCUUUCUCGAAUGUGAACAUCAACAACAACCCCUGGCCGUGUGACUGCAGGAUGCUUCCCUUUAAGCAAAGGAUGAACGGGUCUCUGAGUUUUGAACAGCGAAUCACCUGUGCCGGACCUGAACACCUUGCAGGGAACUUACUGUUAGCUGUAGAUCCCGAAGAUCUGAUCUGUGCAGAGACCAGCAGUAUUUCUUCCAGUAUCGGUUCCACUGGGAGUACUAGUACUGCCAUUUGCCUUCCGACCUGGUGCUUAAAGAAAAGAGUCAAAACGAGCCCUGCCCCUGUCCCGGACCCCAGUGAUGUUUCCCGCAACCCAAACGGCGCCGCUGCCGGACCGACCAGCGGCCGUACAGAUCAGGGCGCGUCACAAGUAACCGAUUUAGAGCAGGACAUACUGAUGGCGUAG